GUUCCUCCUCUACUCUUGCUUGAAAGAAUCAUCCUAAGGAACCUAUUCGUUGCCAUGGAGACCCCUCAGAUCACUCUCGAGACCUACACCCCCCGCAAGUGCUCCGCCACUAACCGCCUCAUUGGCGCCAAGGAUCAUGCCUCCGUCCAGAUCAACAUCGGCGAUGUUGACGAGAACGGCCGCUACACUGGAUCCUUUACCACCUAUGCCCUCUCUGGUUACGUUCGUGCCCAGUCUGAGGCUGAUGACUCGAUCAACCGCCUUGCUACCAAGGAUGGUCUCUUGUCCAUGGUCUGGAGCUACCAGAAGUAA